AUGAAAGUUGUUCACGCCGUCCAUGCAUAUCUGAGCCACGGCAUCCGGCGUGUUCGUCUCUCUCCUGCUGAGACUCUGGAUGCCGUGUGGGACUUUUCCCGUCGCUAUUUUUUCACCCUUGCCUUCCUCUCGUUGUUCAUAGCUAAGGUGUUACAUCUUUACGCUCAUAUAUACUCUUUACCUGCCGCGCGAUUCUUCCUUUGGGGUCUGACCUUCUUUUUCCAAGAUGUGAUGGUGUUAUUGUUGUUCCGCAUCCUUUGUCAGAAGGUUAGCUGGCGUCCCGGCGCCGCUCUGCUUGCCGUUGUGGUGAUCCCGUCUAGUUUGAUUGUCUCGUUCAUGGCAAGCGCCAAUACCUCCUUCUAUAUCUUCACCGGCGCCGAGAUCCACUGGCGCCACGCCAAAUCCUUCAAUGGCGAUGCCGCCGCGAUUCAUACCCUCCUCACCGGAUUGACGGGUUUCUUGGUGGUCGAGGGGAUUCUCUUGACAGUCUCAUUAUUCGCUGCCCAUUCCAUCCAUGCCAUCACGGGCGGUAUCUUGCACGUGUGGGCUUGGCCCGUUCGAUGGGUGUUCGCGCGUGUGCGACCGCACGUGGAGCCCCUGGUACAGCGGUUCUGGCCCCGAUCCAAAUCCCAGGCCGACCUUCCCGAUCCCCGAAUCUACGAGGAAAUCGCCAUGGAAGAGGCCGAUUAUAUGAGUGAUCAUGAGGAAGGAGAUCAUCUCUUGAAUACUCGGCUGCCCAACCGACUCCCCGAGUCCAAGCGAGUGACCGACGGGGUACCCCAACGGGCACUCAUCCUCACUCUGUUCAGUCUCUUCCUCUUCCUGCGCUUCAUGCGACCGUGGGACCCAGUCUAUAUGUACAUGUCGACUACAUUGCCGUUGAGCACAAUUAUCGAAGGCACCGAGCGCCACUCCCCCGUCGAUACUACUGGUACACCAGGCUCUUAUACUCAUUUGGAUAGACUCACCGCAUUGAGGCCGCCAACCCGCUGGAAUUGGAUGUCGGAGGAGCCAAUUGAAGGCUUCGAGGACUGGGCGCAGUCGGACCCUCUAGCCCUCCACUACAAUCCGCAAGAAGACCCAUUGCAUAUCUCGAAUCUGCACAAGCCGGUCUUGGAGGAGAUCCAUAACGCCUUGGCUAGUGGUGAUGUCAAAAUUAAGCAUGUCGUUUUCUUGAAACUCGAAAGUGCGCGUGCCGAUAUCUUCCCUCUGCAAAAGGAUAGCUUUAUGUACAAACGCAUCGCGGAAACCUGGAAGGACAAGACUAUCCCAUCAGAUGUCGAAGCCCGCCUUGCAAACCUCACCCGCACGGCGGAGUUCUUGACCAACUUCCCUAAUGGAUUUGAGCAUAACGAAACGCGUUUCAACGGCCGCAAAGCUUACGGUGGAAUUAGCGCCAAGGAUGCCAUCACCACCUCCACCUAUACUCUUAAGAGCCUGACGGGCAGCUUUUGCGGUGUGACACCCCUUGUGGCCGAUUUCAACCGCGAAUUCGAGCAUCACAUCUACCAACCAUGUCUAGCUCAUGUCUUUGACAUGCUUAGCCAGCAACCGGAUAUCAGCAGCGAGAGUGAUGACUUUACCAAGUGGCCAUGGCAUUCGACCUUUAUGAUGUCGGUCACUGAAACGUACGAUAACCAAGACAAGUUGACCCCGCACUUGGGAUUCCAUGACAAGCAAACCAAGGAGACCAUCAUCAACCCCGAGGCCAAACAUUAUCCUGUGACAAGCUCCGAGGUAAAUUACUAUGGCUAUCCUGAAAUUGAACUUCGAGAGUACAUUCGUGACGCCAUCGAUGAUGCGGAACGUGACCAUCAGCGUCUCUUCCUCAGUCAUCUCACCAGCACCACUCACCAUCCAUGGGGAAUUCCAGGUGACGCUUUCGAAGAGAUUAUGGGCUCCACGUCAGGUUCGAACGAAGACAUGAAUCGGUACCUGAACUCGGUGGGUUAUGUAGAUGACUGGCUUUCGGAGCUCAUCGAUAUUCUGGAGGAGAAGGGGGUUGCCAAUGAGACCCUGUUCGUCAUGGCUGGAGACCACGGUCUUUCCCUCCCGAACGAUGGUGGCAUCACUCCCUAUGACAAUCCCCAUGUCGGCAGCUUCAAGGUCCCUAUUGUGCUUGCACACCCUCAGCUUCCUCCGGUCCAGAUCGACAGCCCGGUCAUCAGUAGCCAGAUUGUCCCCAGUAUUAUCGACUUGUUGAUUGAGUCGGCAUCUCUCAGCACGGAUAGUACGCGGGUCGCCCGCGACAUUCGCUCGCUGUAUGAAGGACAAUCCCUGAUCCGACCGCAGAUUGUGAAGCAGGACAAUCGCGAAGCCUGGCAUUUCACAGUCAUGAACACUGGUGGGUCAUGGCUCUCCGUCCGGUCGGCAGCCCGGCCCGAAUUCCGCCUAGUGAUUCCACUCGUCAAUGAUGUCGAAUGGCGUUUCUCCGAUGUGUCUAAAGACCCACAUGAGUUGAGCCCGAUCGAGCGCUUCAGCCUCGUCGAUCUGGCAGAAGCGGUUAAAAAGGAAUAUGGUGACGAAACUCUCGAUUGGCUAUACAACGCAGCCUAUGUCUCCAACUGGUGGGUAAUGGAUAACUGGGACCGAUGGAGAUUCUCCCCGAAGGCCAAAGAUGAUUAA